CUAUCUUGCAUUGUAGAUAAGAUAAUUCAAAUUGUGUGUCAAUAAAAAUACUCUGCACUUUUUUUAUUAUUACAUAUACACACACUAUACUAGUACUAUCACUGUGUUUGCACCCAAGCCCAUCUUCAAGCUCAACAGGAACGGGGGAAAGAUUGUGAAAGUGUGAAGUGAAUCUCAGGUUUGGUCUUUAGAACGGUGGAAGUUGAGCCAGCAUACAAACAACAAAUAUAUAUUUAAAAUCUUGUGCUUUUCAUGGGAGAGUCUACUAAUCGCAAGGCUCACCCAAGGGCUGCUGGCAGACAUUAUGGGGGUAAUGCAGUUAACAGGAAUGAAUUGAUUCAGUUGUCACCAAUCAAGAGAAAAAAUCAAGAUGGUUGGAUCCAGUUUUCCCCACAUCCAGAGUCUAUUCUCUGUACCUUUUGCUUAGGAAAAGUAAGUUGUCGUACUGUUCGCUCAAAAACAAAGUUAAUGAAUAUUUUGACAGAAAGGGGAAAGCCGGAAGAAGCUCUCUCGAUAUUUGAUAGUUUGGUAAAAGGAGGACAUAAGCCAUCCCUUAUAACCUACACAACCCUAUUAGCUGCGUGUACUAUGCAGAAGCGCUUUAACUUUAUACACUCCAUCAUCUCGCAUGUAGAAGAUAAUGGGAUGCAGCCCGAUUCCGUUUUCUUCAAUGCAGUUGUUAAUGCUUUUGCUGAAUGUGGGAACAUGGAUGAAGCCAUGAAACAUCUAAUGAAGAUGAAGAAGAGUGGAAUUAGACUCAGUACAAGCACUUUUAACACUAUAAUUAAAGGAUAUGGAAUUGCUGGCAAGCCGGAAGAAGGUUUGAAAGUGCUAGAGCUUAUGUCAAGAGAGGAUAAUGUAAGACCUAAUCUGAGGACUUACAAUGUACUCAUCAGAGCAUGGUGUAACAAGAAUAACACUGCGGAGGCCUGGAAUGUGGUACGCUUAAUGUUAGCUUCGGGCUUACGACCUGAUAUAAUUACUUACAACACAAUAUUAUCUGCCUAUGCACAAUAUGGACAGACCAAACUGGCUGAAGGGAUAAUAUUAGAGAUGCAAAAGAACAGGGUAUGCCCAAAUGAACGGACAUGUGGUAUCAUUAUAGGUGGUUUCUGCAAAGAAGGUAAAAUGAAUGAUGCCCUGGGGUUCGUGUACAGGAUGAGGGAUUUCGGGGUUCGUCCUAAUCUUGUAGAAUUCAAUUCUUUGAUUAAAGGAUUUUUGGAUGCCAAGGAUAGAGAAGGAGUUGAUGAGGUUUUAACUUUGAUGGAAGAAUUUGGUGUUAAGCCAGAUGUGAUAAGUUUCAGCACCAUCAUGAACGCCUGGAGUGCCGCGGGUUUUAUGGAUAAAUGUAGGGAAAUCUUUGAUGACAUGGUGAAAGCUGGAAUCAAACCCGACACACAUGCAUACAGUAUUCUCGCAAAAGGUUAUGUCCGUGCACAGGAACCCGAGAAAGCAGAAGAAGUCCUAAGUGCCAUGAUUAAAUCAAAUGUUUCCCCAAAUGUAGUGAUAUAUACUACAGUCAUUAGUGGGUGGUGUAGUUCUGGCAGAAUGGAUUAUGCAAUACAAAUGUUUCAGAAGAUGCACGAUUAUGGAAUAUCUCCCAACUUGAAGACUUUUGAAACGUUGAUUUCAGGAUAUGGAGAAGCUAAGCAGCCAUGGAAAGCUGAAGAAGUACUCCAGAUUAUGAAAGAAUUUGACGUCGAGCCAGAGGACACUACUUUGCAUCUGGUUGCAAAUUGCUGGCGAUCUAGUGGACUAACGAAAGAAGAUAGUAGAAUAUACAAUGGUGCAAAAGAUCAGGAUAGUUUUCAUCAAAUGGAGGAUGAUAUACUGAUGAGAAGCUUACAAAAAAGUUCGGAGAAAGAAGAAAUCACUGAAUCUUACAAGAAUUUGUUACAAAUACCAAAUUCUUUUGGAUAUGACGCAAAAUUGUCAGAUGGUGCAUUGAAAGGUAGAAGGAUGGUCCUGAGAGAAGCUGAAUCUUUACACGAGAGCACCUUAUGGUCUGCUACAAAAUCCAUGCACCGUCCUUGUAGAUUCGGGACAAAAAUGCAAUUGAUAAGCUGCCAGCCAUCUCAAGGUCAGUUCCGAGCAUAUAAUCAGAAUGCACACUCUUGCACAGUAGUGUUUCUGAGCUGACAAGGAAGCUUAUGAUAUAACGAUAACAAAUUACUGCAAUAUGCCAUGCUUUAUGUGCUGUAAAUAGGGAUGAAAGUAGGGACUCAGUUGCAUUAGUUUUAUAAAGCUUCCACUAUGUCCUCGACUAUUCUCAGACUUUACUAAAUUAUGUAAUUCUUAUCACUAUUUCAUAAAUUAUCUAGGGACAAAAUCUAUAAACUGCUGCUGUGUAAAUAUAACAUGUGCAUUAUAUCUU